AUGUCUUCCACCCUCCCGUUCCUCGACCAGUUCAACGCCCCCUCGACCGAAGGCGGGAAAAGGCUCUCAAUCUACACCCCUAAGCACACCCACGUCGGUGACAGCACCUUGCUGACGCUUCUCCUCAGUAAUCCCACCGACGUCUUCAACAAGCUCAAAGCCCACAACCCCGAGGCAACCAAUGCCACCGACCGUGCUGCACUAGAAGCGUAUCUCUCUGCCCGUCGCGACUACGACGAGGCUGUCAAGGCAGCCGAUGAGGCCAUCGACCACCACAAGCGGCUCCUACGCCAACAGGACGACCGCGUCCUCACCGAGCUCAUCCGGCUCGACAAUCUGAAAGUUGCCCAUCGCUUUCAACCGCUCUUACCGCGCAGCAUCUGGGCGCGACACAACAAAUUCAUCCCGCGCGCCAUCCCCAACACGUACUUACCCCUACCCGCACCCCUACCGACGUCUGCCUUCAGGCGCCCCCCGAUUCCAUCCCCUUUCCUCCAAGCAAUGCCGUGGAGCACUACCAUCCCGGCUGACUGGCAACCCAACCCUGGUUGGACCCCGAAGGGAAGCUGCAGGCGAUGCAGAUCGUCUCGACACUGGGUACGGGACUGUCCGGACGUACAAUGCGCAGGAUGCGGAAAAGAAGCCCCUGGACACCUGGAGCAAGAGUGCGGAACCAGGCCGAUGAAGCGACACGUAUCCGCACCACCUGAAGAACCUGCGCGACGCGUGGGGGUGGUCGUCGACAACGUGUUCCUCGAAGGAAUCAUCAAUGAGGCGAAGGAGAGGAAGGAGAGAGAAAGGCAGACGAAAGCGAUACCCAUCCCUCCACCACGUAGCGCUAACCCCGAACCCCCGGCCAGUCCCGUUGCGGGACCCUCGCGCCCCCGCCCCGACACACCCGUCGUCUUUCGCAAAGUCGAUCCCAACUGGACACCCGACUCUACUCAAUGGACGUGGGACAGCUCCUGGCCGCAUCAGAAGCACCUCUCUGGCGAAGAAUGGAUGAACGUGGGGAGAAACGCGCGCAAGGAAUGGUUUGACGAAGAAGAGGACGACAGCGUAGAUUGGGAGUUGUAUGGAGAUGGUGAGCAAAUAUGUCCAUACACUACAGCGAUUCAGACGCCCCUAUGGACCAAAGUGACGGUGGGUGCCGUAUCAGCCUCACAUACCACCUGGCGCACUAAUUUAACUCAGAAUGGGAACCCAUGGGCUCUGACGCUCAUGGGCUGCCAUGAGGAAACCUUGAUUCAUCAAGCCAAUCUCGCGCGCAUCCAGCGAACAUCCACGACACAUGUUGCUCAGCGCCCAGAUCCCCCUCCACUCACUCCUGAGCAAGAACCCGCUCUUGCGCUCAUUGAUACUGGCUUGCGCACGCCCCUACGCUCAUUCAUGAUGCCUGCCUCUCGCGAUGAUGAGCAUUACUUCGAAACACCCUCCCACCAUCAUGCACCAUCCCCCUCGCCCGCCUUUGACUGGGGAUUAUCGGCCAACCUGGGCACCACGGACCUGCCACCAUCUACGACUGAACAGCACCUGUCUGAACUCUCUAGCGCCCUAUUGGAUUGUCUUGAUAUGCUCAGCCUCGACUCUGACGAAGACCUCUGUGAGCACUCCGAGGACAAUGAGUCUCUCCUCCACGAUGAUGCUUGCUUUGACAUCCCCCAUGGUCUCAAGCGCGCGUGCCCUCGAGACCCUGCAGCAACAGCACAGCAUUGGUUUCCUUGGUCUGACCACGUGACAUGCACCUUGGACAUUCUGAUAUACCUGCCGCAUUCAGUAUUUUUCCAGCGGCAACUAGACCUGUUCCUGUGGUUGCUGAAGGUGAACAGUGUUGAUGAUGUCCCCUCGAAUCUUGUCGCUAAUGUGCUAGUACUACUACAGGAGCAGCGAAUGCAUGCACAGGUUGCGAGUGACAGGGAUUUAACCACGGCUACCCCCUUUUCGCGGUGGUGGGGUGCGGAUACGCCAGCGGUCGUGUCCAGUUCUUCAUGCUCAAUGCCUGUCACGAUCGACGUCGUGCGUGAGACAGAUUUCUCCAGCGGUGCGAGGAUUGGUGAUGUCGGUGGCGUCGAAAGAGACAGCGGCAGGGAAGGAGGCGUGAUAGGUCCCUCGAAGUCGGAUGACGAGCUUGAAUUGGAAGAAACCGAUCGGAUGGAGCUGUUUGACGACAUCCUUGACAGUGAAUAUGGCGACCGAAAUGACUCGGUUCGAGAGUUUAGUGCUGUCGAUGCAACACCAUCGGAGACGGCGAAAAGAACAGCAGGCUCUACUUGUGCAGGCUUCGGGAUCUUGCGCUUUUUUCUCCCCUCACGGUAUUUGUUCCUGUGUGACAAGGACAUCGUGGCCGAAAAGGGAGCACAUACAUCAAAAGCGAGUGAAGAUGCCCGACAAGCUGCUGACAGCAUCGGACGGACGAGCGCGGGCAAGGGCGCACGCGGUGGUAUACUAGUGAAACAGGAGGCUGAGCUGAGAGCCCACGGCGAGGGAUAG